AAGGAGAAAUAUAUCUUCUUCAAUAUGUAAGAUUCACAAACCAGAACUUUGGUGUUCUAUCCAAUAUCUGUUCAGCUAAGAUUCCUUCAAAACCUGAAGUUCAGCAUGCAGGCCAAAUGAUUGACUUUUUUUAUUGUAUUAAGGGCAUAGUAAAAGAAUUUAUUAAACAAUUAAAAAAAUUAAAGAGGAAGUUAAAAGAAUUA